AUUCAUUAUAGCAUGUGCUGUAAUACAAUUUAACCGCUAGUUAUUGUAUAGUGUAUUGUGAUCCUGUCACAAACUAUUUGGUUUGCUAUGAAAUUUUAGAAAUGCUUGGGGAAAAAAUAUAUAAAUUAUCAUUACUACUUUCCAUCGGGAAAAGAAUUCGAGUUUCUGAUUUUAAUUCCCAUACUAAAAACAGAUUCUUUAACUCUUACCCUAUUUAUUCAACUGUAUUCAAAAGGUCUAAUUAUUGUGGCAAAUUUUCUAAUUUAAAACAUGAACAAGAAUAUAAACUUUUGAAAUUAUUUAAUCGAUGCAUUAGUCAGAGAUCUACUAUUUUACAGUUCUGUGACAAAUCUGAAAACAAUGUGAACAAUGACCAUAUUUUAGAUGAUUCUGAUUUUAAAAGCAUUUCCAAAUCUCUGUAUCAACAUCCAGGAACAGGCCACAAAGUUUUAAUUGUCCAACCCAGAGAAAAAUAUGGAUAUAAUUCAGAGAAGAAAUUGAAGUCAGAAUUAAAAUUAGAAGAAGCUGCCUCUUUAAUCAAGACUUUAAAGGACUGGACUGUUAUUCAAAAAUUAGUAAUGCCUGUUGCUGAUUUCCAUUCCAAGCUUAUUUUUGGUAAAGGAAAUCUUGAGAAAUUAAAAAUGAUAAUACAAAGCAAUCCUUCCAUCACUGCUGUUUUCAUUGGAAUUGAUAUACUGAAAGCAAUCCAAAAUGCAGAAUUGCAAGAUUAUUUCAAAGUUCAAGUUUUUGAUAGGUAUCAAAUCAUACUGCAGAUAUUUCACAAUCAUGCCCAUACAAAUGAAGCAAAAUUACAACUUGCCUUAGCAGAAAUUCCUUACUUGAGAGUGAAACUUAGCAGUUUUGCUCACACUUUUGAUUCGAGCCUAUUUCCUGAUAUCGAGCGUGUUGGUGGAGAUGGUGAAACAUUUAUGGAAGUUCGUAGACGAAUUUUGAAUGACAGGGAAGUGAAAAUCAAGAAACAGCUCGAAAAAAUAAAGACCCAGCGAGAAUUUCUGAGACGGAGUGAAACUCGAAACGCUCUUCCAAUUAUAGCUGUUGUGGGCUAUACAAAUUGUGGUAAAACUACUUUGAUAAAAUCUUUGACAAAUGACAGUCGUUUACAGCCUGAAGACAAGUUAUUUGCAACGCUGGAUGUAACUCUGCACCCUGGUUUUCUGCCAUCCAAGCAAAAAGUUCUGUAUAUUGAUACAGUAGGCUUCAUAUCUGAUGUUCCUACAGCUCUCAUCCAGUCAUUCAGGUCCACCCUGGAAGAGAUUAAUAUUGCCGAUCUUGUGAUUCACAUCAGAGAUAUAAGCCAUCCAGACACUGAAGACCAAAAGGAAACAGUGUUGAAAACAUUGCAGGAAUUGAAUUUACCAAAGAAACUUUUAGAAUCGAUAGUGGAAGUCAGAAAUAAAAUAGAUUUACUACAGGAUAAUAUACCAAGUGAAGACACUGAUGCAGUUCAUAUUUCUGCAACUGAAGGAGCAGGUUUGCCUACUCUUUUAGAAACUGUAGAACAAAGGCUUUUUGAAAACACAGGGCAUGAAGUUACUUUAAUAAGAGUUCCAAAUGGAGGUCAAGAAUAUAGUUGGCUGUUAAGAGAAGCAGCUAUCAGAGAUGCCAUUGCUGAUCCAAAGGAUGCCAAUUUCUUAAUAUUGGAAACUGUGAUAUCUUCAGGAAAUCUAGCUAAAUUUAUACAUAAUUUUGGAGAUUUAACUGUAUCCAUUGAAAGCUUAACAGAAUAAAAAAAUGCAUCAUAUUUUAAUUUU